UGGACUCUGGAUCCUGGAGGUUGGACGCUGAGGCUUGGGUUAUGCGUUUCGUCGAGGCUUCUGGAACAAGUCUGGGAUUGGAGUUGCAGUCUGGCGGGGGACGUUAUUGAGUGUGUGUUUGCAUGACGUUGCGCGUGCCAACUCUCUGUGGGCGCCAUGUAAGCUGCGCUUUGUUGCUGGCAAUCUCUUCCAACAUCGCGUCAACGGAAGGCCAUCGCAGUUCUGUUUCUGUUGUUUGUUCGGCGGCGAGGGUUGCCCUAUUCAUGUGGUCGAGGCUUAGCGGUGUAAAUGUCGGUAUAUGAGCCGAUAGAGGGGUGAUUCUUUUGACAGGGUAUCUUUAGUACGAGAGCAAACGGUCUGUAAUGUGAGGUGGAGUGUGGAGACCUCCAGGGGCUGCAGACGUGGCCGCUAGGAAGAAGAGUCCGCUAUCUGUCUACCAGCCGCAUCAGACGGUGUAAUUUGUCCGUUAGCUUGCUUGCCAACCGGUUCUUAGAUCCAGAGUCAAGUGGUGUGGGGGAGAGGAAGUUCGGUGAGAAGCCAUUUUCUCUCAUCUUUUACUCUCUCUCUCUCUCUCACUGUGUUUUUUUGCUCCUUUGUCCUCUUUCGUUUACGAUGCGCGGCGGUUGAUUGGAGAUCUCGCUUCGGUAAUCUGGGGCUCAUUGCCUCUCUUCCCCUCUCACCCGCGCUCUGUGACUCUCUCUUCCUUCUGUUGCAGUUCAGAUCUGCAUCUGUUGAGCGCUCUGUGACUCUGUGACUGUCUCUUCCUUCUGUUGCAGUUCAGAUCUGCAUCUGUUGAUUGAUAGCCUGGCUACUUAUUUGACCGAUUGAUCAUAGGUGGAACUCUGAGGAGGAAGGGGGGCCGUUUAUUGAAGUGAUUGGUGUCUUUUUGCGUUGUGUAGUUGAUCAGAGAGGGGGAGAGGAACAAGGGAGGAAGAGUAGAGGGGAAGAAUGGCAGGAUCUGCUGGGGGAUCCCCGGCUAUGGCGAUUGCUGGGCUGGAUCCGCCUGUGUUCGUGGCGGCUGCAGUAGGAGCAGUCACACUUGUCUUGCUGGUCGUGCUGUUUGUGCUCCGUCUUCCUGGUGCUUCCUCUCCGUCGUCUUCAUCGUCAACCAAGGACACCGCUGUCGAGGACAAACCCGCGCAAAAGCAAGUCGCUCAUCCCAGGAAAAAGGUCCCAACGCAUUCGCAUUCUCACUGGAAGGCCUCUGGCGGCGGCGCCGAGAAGGCGCAGCAGCAUAAACAUCCCCUUUGCUUCAACACUCUGAAGGGCCAUAUGGACGCGGUAAUGGGGUUGCACUUCUCCCCCGAUGGGCGUAAUCUUGCAACAGCCUGUACAGAUAGAGUAAUUAGGGUGUUCAAGGUUGCUGACGUGACCGCGAAAAGCUUCAAGUUUUUGAGAAUCAACAUGCCUGUCGGGAUCAUGCCAGUCGAUGUGGUAGUUGGGGACAAUGCGUCGGAGGUGGUAGUGGCGGGGCAGAUCUUGUCCGGGGCCUCGCUGUCUCUCUAUGGGCCUGCAAGCACAGCAGCAGCGGCGGCGCAGGCGGCGGGGAAAGGCGACGACUCCAAGCUCCCAGAACCGGAGUUGAAGUGGGAAAAGCAUCAAGUUCAUGAGAAGAGAUCCAUCAUCAAACUGUGUGCAGCCUCGAUGACCCACGGGCAGCAUGCCAAGGGUGGGGUUAUUGUGGCCUCGUGUUCUGAAGGGACUGAUGUGAAAGUUUGGACGGUCGCAGAUGGGCGAUGCGUUGGGACCGUAGACUCCAAUCAACUGUGCAAUCAUAUGGCGGCGCUGUCUCCCAACGGGCGAUUCUUGGCGGCCGCUGCUUUCACUGGCGAUGUGAAGAUUUGGGAGGUGUGCAUGACGAAGGACGGACAAGUGAAGGAGGUAGCCAAGGCGAUGCAGCUGAAAGGGCACAAGAGCGCUGUCACUUGGCUCUGCUUUGCUCAUGACUCACAGAAGGUGGUUACUGCUUCGAAGGACGGGAAGAUCAAAGUUUGGAACAUCAACGUUAGAUACGAGUUGAGCGAGGAUCCGCGCUGCUUGCACACUUUCGACAUCCCCGAACACCCUAGUCAGCCAAAGGGUGGCGUGCCUUGCUUCGACAAGUUGGCCCUCUCACCAGAUGACAGAAUUUUGGCAUGCACGAUUGGGCCUAUGCUUCGUUGGCUGGACAUGGAGACGGGGGAGGUGAUGGACACGGCAGAGACCGCUCACGAUGGACACGUGUCGUGCUUGCAAUGGUCGCCGCAACGACACGAGACUGGGAAAGGAGUCAACGCAAUGGUGCUUGCCACCGGUGGUCCUGAUCGGAAAGUCAAACUGUGGGAGGCACCGGUUAGAGACCUACCAAGAGCAGCGGGGAAAACGUAGAGAACGUGAGGCGAUGGGACUAUAAGGCACAAAUUGUUAGUGGCAAUUAGGAGAGAGGGAGGGAGAAAGGUAGGUAGGUAGCUGGCUUUCGACCAUCUGUCUUUCCGUUACUGAUGCGGAAGUAAGUGGGAGGAUCAGGAUCAGCUCACAGUCGAAAUCGGCCGUAAACCGUCCUCCGCGCCAAUCAGCUUCAGCGACUCAGUGAUACUAUUUAACCUCGAAGAAGCAAGGGCUGGCACAACUAGAGCAGGAGAAAGAAAAAGUACAGAGUGGGUUGGAGGAGGGGUGGGGUGGGGGGUUAAGAACUUCUCAAGUUUAUGCUUGGGGUGGGGGGGUAAGAACUUCUCAAGUUCAUGCUUGUUCGAGGACUCGUCUUUCCCAUGGAUUGAUGUACGCGACCGCAACCAAGGACGCAUUCUCUUGAAAUGUUAACGUAGUGUGGAGAUGCUCUUUAGUCGUGGAGGCACGUGGCAGGGAAUGGGAGAGAGAGGAGAGGGGGGAGGUGGUGACGUUUACCGCUAGCGUCCUUGGCUUCUCCAAACCGAGGGGGACCAUCCAUAGCUACCAGCUGCGCUCCCUAAGAGAAAUGGGGAAAUGGUGCCAAUGUGCGUUUGGCAGGUGCGGGUAAUUUAAGUCACAAACAGGGUGGGAACGAUGAUGCUAGCGGUUGCAGAGGUGUAGAAGUGAGAGAGGCACAGAAGGGGCCAAUUUUAAGCUGAGCUCUGAAAGAGAAGUGAAAAAUGGCGCCAAUUUGUUUUGGCGGAGGCGGGCGGGUAAUUGGAGUCAGAAAGGUGGUGGGACAGGUAGGGUGCUCGAUGCUCGAGGCUCAAGUGCGCGCCAUUGUAUCAACAUCAUCAUGCAGUGACUGUGACGUUGGGUAGGUGAGCGGUACGUAGACGCGCCAUCUGCCGGUAGCGUACUCUCCUAUUGUGCGGCGGACGAAGUGGAACGGGGGAUCAACCGGCAAGAGAAAAGUGGACGGGAAAAAGUUUUAAUCGUUACUCUUUCAUGGAGUAGCAGUCCUCUGGACUGUGUGUAGGUGGGGCUGUUGAAAUGCCAUGUGUACGCGUUGUUUUAUUUUUUCACCUUGCUUUUUUGCUUUUGUUUUCCCAUUGAUUUGUUUCUUGUGCUUUUCAAAUCACGUCCGCUUUGUUUUUGCUGCAAGCGGCCGUUUAUUCUCGUUUGUCCCUUCUUCCUUUUCACUCGAGAAAAAUUACAGAAAACUAUGAUGGUGAGGCUCCGGUGAGCGGAAUGUACUGUUGCAGACACUUGCACCUAAUGGUCUGCGGUGAAGAGAAAAUGAGUCUUGAGUGUAAUCCAAUCUGUGGUCAUUUGUGCUGAUAAACCCUGAGAGCUUAG